AUGAGCACCAAACUGGUACUCUUCCUGUGCCUGGCGCUCUUCGGAGCCAUGGCCAUGGCCAUUCCCCUAGAGGAGAAUCUUGGGCAGAACUCCGAGGUGGAGAACAGCCAGGAGCUGAACAGCGUCGAGGAGAACGACGCCGAGGCGGAUCCAUCGACGUGGCGCAAGCUCUUCGGCAGCGAAGGCAGUGCGGGUAACCUGGUCGUCACCUUCCCCCAGACCACCACUACCACCACCAAGAAGCCCAAGACGACCAAGCGGCCAUACUACCCGUACCCACCCAAGUACCCGCACUACCCGCCUUAUCCUCACUACUCACCGUACCCGGCUCCACCGUACCCCUACCCCGGCUACUACCCACCUCCCCCACCACCGUAUCCAUAUCCAUAUCCCGGACAUGGUGGACAUGGUGGACAUGGCGGACACGGCGGACACGAUGGCGGACACGGAGGACAUCAUCACCACACGACGACCACCACCACAACGACCACCACCAAGAAGCCCAACCACCCACACUAUCCACCACCACCACCCUACUACCCGCCGUUCCCAUACUACCCACCCCCACCACCACCACCACCACUGCCACCACCGAACAACGAUUCCGGUGAAUCCAUCGAGACUCCCACCAAGAUCUGCAAGAAGUUCCUCGGCAUUGGACUCGUCUGCACGUAG